AUGGACAAGGCAAAAAUCAACUAUCUUUUGGAAGGAGAAGUCCUAGUCAAAGGAAAGACUUUUGGUCUUUGGUAACCCAAAAAAUACAUCAUUGACCAAGAACUUAGAAUAUUUUCAAUCAAAAGUUCAAAAUAAAAUAAAAAUUACCAUCUUGCAAAUUAUCAAGUAAAGAAGAUUCUCAUUCUUGAUAGAUAGCAAAUGUAGAAAGAAAAAAUAAUAGAUUCCAAUUUGAAUUGGCUUCUACAAUCGGCGAAAAGAACAUGCUCAUGGGAUCCGAUAAUGAAAAAUUCGCCAAUGAACUUAUGUUGUUCCUGAAAAAAAUGUGCGGAUAAUAACUGCGAAGUCAAAGUUUAUUCGAACCCAGUUUAUCUUCGAAUCCAACAUGUAUAAUAUAUUUAAUUUAAACCACAGCCUCACUUCGAGAAUACGAUUAUGAAAUUCCACAAUUCUUUGAAAUGCCAGAAAUUCGAGAUGCGUAUGUUUUAUACUCUAAAUUAUUAAAUUAGGAUUCAAAAUAUCAGAUCCAAAUCCUACCUAUUGGAAUAGUACGAACUCAUCCAAAAUCAAGUAGUGAAGAUUUAUCGCAAUAAAAAUAAUUAACUCAAUUUCAAAGUCUUCCUCACUUUCCCAGGAAAUUGUAUUAUUACUAAUUCAUAUUAGGCUUAACCAAAUGUUAAACGCAACUAUUUCAGACUCAAUACGAUUGGAAUAUCCAUAAUCUUAAAGAAUACACUUAAAUUAAAGAAUUCAAAUCUGAUAAAUCCCAAAUGAUAACUGAAAUAAGAUUAAUCAAAAACUGGUUUUAGUUUAAAAGAGAAUUCACAUACUUAAGAUAUGCCGUGGAAUUUAAAAAAAAAGAAAACACCAAAAUUGUCAUUGAAAAAAAACUAGAUUAAAAAAUACAUUCAGGUACUGUUUCAGGACUAUUGAAAUUUGCUGUUUGGGGUCUCUUCUAUGAAAACAAUCAAACCAACGUAGUCCUCUUCACUGAAUAGAGCUACAAUGGUUUAGCCUUUAUCGAAGAAGAUUCAAUACUCUCACAGCAAUAUUUCCUGCAAUACGAAAACAUAAUCAAACCCCAAAGACUAGACUUUGAUAAACAAUCCAUGUAAGAUUAAGGCCAAGUCAUCAUUCCCAACAAUAGUCCUUAAAAUGAAUCCGCCCCCUCAAAGUUAAAAGCAUUACAUAGAAAAGACACAAAAUAGAAUUCCUUCAAAAUGGAAUAACCUGUUGAUAUCCCCAAAUCAACAAUGUAAAAUCAAAAUACCCAAUAACCAGUUCUUGGAUCCUCCCCAUAGUUGGGUCCAACUUAAUAAAUACAGGUUGUUUCACCCCCAUAAUUGCCAUUGCCUUCCAAAGACAAAAAUAUUCCCUAGAUUGCAAACUAAAAAGAAGAGGAUAAAUAAGCUUAAUAAUAGUAAAUUAAUAUGAAAAAAUCAGAUAAGUCAAUUGAGUUUAAUUAAGUUCAAGCAAAAAGUGACCAAAACAACCUUUCAUAAGGGGCUAUGGAAUAACUCAAACUAAAAAUGACAUCCAGUUCUUAAGAGUCAUCUCAAAUAAUAUCAUAAAAUAUCAUAUUUCAAUAACCAAAAAUAGAAGAUGAUUGUGAAAAUGAUGAUAUCCAACCUGAAAAUGAGGGAUCUGAUGGAAAUAUUACUUAAUUUUAUGAUUGUGAAGAUGAUAUCGAUGCUAUGAAUGAUAAGUUAUUUAUUGGACAAUCAGAUCAAUAAGCUAAUACAUCUGAUUAAAGUGUGAUAGAGGUCAGAAAUUCUAUCACUUAAAGAUAGCCUCAGAGUUAGAGUAGUUAAACCUAAAGUCAGAGUGACACUAUUGAAAAUCUUGAAGAUUGGGUGGAAAAAAAGAUGUAGGCAUAUUUUAAUGGAAAAUUUUGUCAAAUUGCAAUCGACAUUGAACAUAUAUUGAAUCCAUUAGAAUCAGACAUUAAUGUAUUUAUAUAUUCAAUUAAAAUAAGAACAGGAAGUAUAUGAAAGAAUAAGAAGGGGGUCACUAUAUAUUUAGAAAGGAUUUCAUAAGAGAUGAAAAGAAUGGUGGACUAAAAUGUAUAAAUGAAGUUAAAGUGAAUGCAUAGAAGAGCGUGGUCAAAUUUUUAUUAGCUAGAAUAGGUAAGAAAUGAUUUAUAUUAAAGGAACUUCACUUUUGAUGGGAAGAUCUCUUACUAGUAUAUCAAUGCCAGUGACUAUUUUCGAGUCCAGAUCUAAUACUGAGAGAGCUUGUAGUUCUUUGGCCUUUGCACCAGUGUUUUUGGACGAAGCUGCUAUUUCGAAAGAUAAAUUCUUCAGGAUUAAAUAGUGUGCAGCAUUUUCUUUUGGAUUUAUCUUUUCAUAUUUAUCCAUGGAAAAAGUAAUAUCACUUUCUAAUAUAACUCAAGCCCUUCAAUCCAAUUCUAGGAGAAACCUUCUAAGGCUACUUUGAUAAUUGUCCUAUAUAUUGUGAAUAAAUCAGUCAUCACCCUCCAAUUUGCAUCAUUCAAUAUCAUGGCAGAAAAUACAAGUAAGAAUAAUGUAAACAUGAAUAGAAUUGAUGCUCGUCUAGAAUUAGUUGCUAACUUUCAUUCAAACUCUGUUGUUGGAAGAAAUGUUGGAGAAGUUAAAGUGAUAUUCGAAAACCCUCCCUAAGAAAUUAUCAUCUUAUUGGCACCUGGUUGUAUUUACGGGACAACAUUUGGUGAUAAAUCAAUGGACUUUCUAGAGAAAUAGUUCUUAUUUGACUUGAAUAAUAAAUUGAUUAUGGAAUGUGCAUUCAAACCAGAUAAGAAGUACUGCCAAUAUUUCAAUAUUGAAUAUCUUCCUUACUCAGAUUAUGUAGCUGGGGGAGUCUGUGAAGUUACUGAUGCAGCUAUUGGAAGAUAUUUAAGGGAAGGCUAUAGAAAAUACAAGGGUCUAGAUUUGAAAACAGAAGUGAAAUCAAUCAAAAGCAUAAUUAAGGGAGUUUGGAAUCAAGAGUUAAAAGUAAAGAUUGUUAAUAUUUAAGUUUGAUAAUCAAAAGUUGAUAUCUAUCAUGACUGAUUUUCCAAUCAAAUUAGAAUUGGCAUAAUAUCCGUUGCCAUCAGAUGCCAAUUUCAGAAUGGAUGUUCUGAUGUGGAAAUUGAGAGAUUUCGAUUAAGCGCAAUAAUGGAAAGAGAGACUUGAAAUAUUUCAAAGAUAAGAUAGAAAAUUGAGAGAAGCUCUAGGUCCAAAGAAAAAAAGAAAAUGA